AUGAGGUCAGCGUCAGAAGAGCCAGUCCCGUUACAUGAAGAAUUUAUCUACUGCUGUGGAGCUGCUACCCAUGUCUUGAAGUGUGGGCCCUGGAAAGACCUCUCAAAAGAUGAAAGCAAAAAUCUACCCAGGCUCUUAUUCAUGAUUAUUCCUGACACAGAUAUUAAGGAGCUAGAGGAUGUUUUUGGACUUAAUGGACAAGUAGAGCAUAAGCUGAACUUCCUCAAAAAGAAUGUAUCAAAAGAUAUAAAGCUGGUAUUGAUUGCUCAUUCUAUUGGUUGCUACAUCACACUGGAGAUGAUGAAGCGAGCAUCAGAACUUCAGGUUCUUCGCUCCGUGCUGCUGUUUCCGACGAUAGAGCGUAUGGCUCAGUCCCCUCAAGGCAAGCUCAUGACCCCGUUGCUGUGCAAGCUGCGCUACGUGCUCUACAUGCCCGUCUACCUGCUGUCCUUUCUGCCAGAGGGAGUCAAAGCCUCCCUGGUGCGGUUUGCUCUGCGGGGAAUGAAGACCUGUGAUGAAUCUUCCAUAACAACCUCCGUGAAUCUCUUCAGCGUGGACUGCAUUGCCAACAUCUUGUAUAUGGCAAGCCAAGAAAUGAUGAAGGUUGUGGAGAGAGACAGUACAACCAUAAAGGAAAAUUUAAAGAAGCUGAUUUUUUACUAUGGAACUGGAGACAGCUGGUGUCCACAGCACUACUACGAUGAGAUCAAAAUGGAUUUUCCAGACGGGGACAUUCGGCUUUGUGAGAAAGGGCUCCGCCACGCCUUUGUGCUCGAUGCCAGCAAGGAGAUGGCUGCCAUGAUCACAGACUGGUUACAGGAUGAUCUGACCAAAUUAUAA